GACUUGGUUUACAUCGACUAAGUUGUCUGCGUGAGGAUUAAUAUUCUAAUUCGACCAUCGACGCGUUGAGCCCUGAACGCGUUCAUCCCCUAAUCUUUCCUCGCCACACUCAAAAUCUAUAAGAACUACAAAUCGAACAAUUUUAUCAUGGCUAGAGCUACUCGUUCAGCGACACAGCAGAAUGAAAAGGAUAAACAGCCAGAUCCUGGAGUUUCACAACGUGCAAAGCAAUCCACAAAGAAACGCAAGCGCGUUUCACUUCCAGAUGAUGACCAGCCUGCACAAAAGCAGCAUCGUGGAGAGAAUGGCAUAAAAGAGGAAUCAAUAGACGACAAGUUGUCCAAGGGAAAGAUGCCCGAGCUCGACCAUGUAGCCGAUGUCCCUCUAGACACUCCAAUCGCACAAAAUGUCCUUGAAAUCCUUGAAAUGGUCGACUCUCAAGGUCUUCUCGACCGUGUCUUUCCCCUGCCCGCCACAAAUCCAUCCGAUCCCUCCACAUCAAAAUCGCAAACGGGAACGUGUUCUCUGCAUACUCUCCUCAGCGAGUCAUCACAGCACCCGCUCAGGGUGCUGCAUUCCGCAGUUCAGAAUCUAUUUCCAGAGGUCCAUCCCGCGAGGUCUCGCCCAUCCUCUGCUGCUGCACUACAAUUGCGCUUUUGCAAUCUUGCCAUCUCCCUCCUCAACCAGGCAUCCUUCCACUCCGUUCCGCUGCCCCUUGACAUUGAAUCCAUAAUCCCAGUCAAUCCAGAUCCAUGUGCUGCAGAUGCGCCAUCUCUCAGUCCGAGCCUCCUUGAUAAAUUAUCUCACACUGGACAGGGUAAGAAAUAUGCCCUCAUGCAACGCCUCCCAUCCGGCACCUGGUGGUCAUCCCUCGGCUCAGAUCUCUUAACCGACUCAAAAGAGUUCAAAGACCUCCAAACUGCCAAUGCAGAACUCGUUGCCAUCCUCCCCUCACCUUCGUCUCUCGUAUACUCCGACGCCACCUCCAAUUCGAGCAUCACUCUCACAGAUACGCAAGCUCCGAUGACGCUGGGUGCCUACAUACCGAAGAAGCCUCCAGGACAUCGGUCAAAGGUUCUUGGCCCUCGGCACGUGAGCUGCGGGUCGUUUUUGGACUAUGGUCCCUAUGCGAGCUUUGCACCGAGCUUUGAUCAGGAAGGUGUAGAGAUUGGAAGAGAGGCACUUGGGGAGGUCUUGUGGAGAUGGGAGGAUAGGAAGAAGAGUUGGGCUGUUGAGAAAGCGCGUGCUGCUGAGGAGGCUGCACAAUAUUCGUCUAUGGCAGGGUUGGAGGAAGACGAGGAAGAGCAGAAUAACGUCGUCGACCCAUCGCUUGAGGAGAGUCUUGAUGAUGACGAAGAGGUUUUGGAUGGCCUGCUUUCAAAAGAACAGAUUGCCUCCCUGAAGUCUGUCUUCAAGAGCCUGGAGUUAGAGAAUGCUGUUCAGGAACUGCUGGAUCGGAAUACGAAAGCUCUUAGACGGUUAGAGGAGCUUCAGAGGCAACGGCUGAUGAAAGAAGGGGGAUUCCAUGCAGUCGAAGAAGGAUCAGAAGAGUGGGAUACUGCUCAAGGCAUUCUCGAGUCACUCACCUUACUGGCAUCACUACGACCCCGACAGUCGGGAAGCGCUGAUGUACCACUCAUUCCCUCCUCUGCCAUACUCCACAAACUACAUCGCACACUCCCCGUUGCGCCCUCACAAGGCUGGUAUGGUACCCUGCCUACAGGUCCCGCGCCCACGCCCAUCCCUGCAACCCCCGCUGCUGCUGCUACACCAGUUGCUGCAACAGCGGCAGUUGCACAGAACUACCAGUACUCGUAUAACUAUGCAGCAGCAGGCUACCGCGGGAGUUAUCAGUACAAGCCAGGACAGACACCCUCCUACUACCCCGCUUCAUAUGGCACACAAGGGCAGACCCAAGCUGCCACGCAAUACUAUGCUAACCAGCAAUAUGCAACAUCAGGUCAACAACAAUACGCCUACUCUUCCUGGUACCAGUAUCAACCUCCAACCCAAGCUGCUGCUGCCAGUACUAGUACGACGGCUACUCCGGGGACACCUCAGACGAGUGCAGUUGCGGCUGCAACUGCACCUGCACCUGCAACCCCAUCUGCAACGAUCCCAACGAGUUAUGCAGGGUUUUUCAGUCACACUGCACAGGCUGGACAGCGUGCAGUAGCGAAUACCGUCACUGCAAAACCACCCCAGGCUGCUGCAGGCACAAUUUGGGGCACAGGAGCAGCUGGUGCAAGUGGUUAUAUCCCUCCAAUGCUCCCCCCGCAUAUGCGAACCGCUGCAGCAGGCGGUACCGCACAGCAAGGAGGGUAUACUUACCAGCCUAAUUAUUAUGGGGCGUAUCAGCCUCAGCCUCAGGUUGCGGCUGCUGCGUCCCCUGCGCAGUGAUAGCAGCGAUUGGUGUUCUGAUCUUUUGUUCUUAUGUUUUUAGUUUCCAAAUUAUAUUUCUUUGCGUUUGCUGAGUGCCAGCACUGCUACGUGUGGUUUAGGUGGGGAUACAAUGUGAGCUAUGUAGUAGAACAUGUGAUAAUGAAUAUUGAUUAUGUAAUUGGAGUUUGGUUAUCGAGUGAC